GCGAAGCAUACGAAGUGCUCUCCGAUCCCAACCUACGAGCGUUGUAUGACAGAUAUGGUGGCAAGAUGCAGGACAACAGUCUCAAAGAGGCCUCCGCAGGGCCUUACGCUGAUAUUAACCAUCGGCGGACGGACAUACAUCGAUAACGGCUCGAGCGCCGGAAGUACAAUGGCAACAGACUCGGAUCUGGUGGCGGCGCUCACGCGCCUGAAUAUUGGACAGCAAGGGUUGAUGCAGCCUGCGUUGCAACCGCGUGCGGCCAUGUCGAUGGCCGGGAAUAUGCAUGUCGCGGAACAGUGCCAUCCUGUAGAGCCCCACGAACCGAUGCCACUCAGCCUGGCUGCUAUGCAACCCGUUGCAAUACCACUCAAUGCGGGACAGCAUCUUCUGGACCUCGAGCGCGACUUUGACGGAUGGUUCAACCCCGAUUUUGGCCAUCAAAUUGACGUGGAACAAGAUCGUCUCAACUUCGAGCGCGACUUUGACGAAUGGUUCAACCCUGAUAUCGAUGCCAGCUAUAGUAUUGAUAACAACUUCCGGGGCGCACGCCACCGCCGCACGAACUGAGUACCAGGCUCCCGAAGAAUCACUUCGGCAGCCCUAGCGGCUCGCACCGAAAGAGUCUGUCCUGCACAUGAACCGUUGAUACGUUGUCGGCGGUUCGAUGUUGAUGUGUUGUUGCUGCUGCUGCGUCCUGUUCCAGGUCCGUUUUUGUCCCCAGUGCAAUCUCUCUCGUGUAUGCCGUACUGUCCAACUUCCGUGGAUCCAUGCCAUG